AUGGCUUUCUAUGGAAAUUUUGGUGGUCCAGGCUUUGGCAGUCCAUUUGGAUUUGAUGGCGGUUUCGGAAGUGGUGCAUAUGGUGGGGCAGCAGGUGGAUUUGGCGGGUAUCCUGGUGGAUACGGAGGGUAUCAAGGUGGAUUCGGAGGGUAUCCAGGUGGAUACGGCGGAUAUUCAGGUGGAUACGGCGGGUCUCCAGGUGGAUACGGCGGGUAUUCAGGUGGAUACGGCGGGCCUCCAGGUGGAUACGGCGGAUAUGCAGGCGGGUAUCCAGGUGGAUAUGCAGGCGGUUACGGUGGGUAUCAAGGUGGAUACGGUGGAUAUCCAGGUGGUUACGGUGGGUAUCAAGGCGGGUACGGCGGGUAUCCAGGUGGAUUUGGAUCAUACGGCUCAGGUCAAGUUCUCGGAGGUAAUCUUCCACAUGUCGAUCCAAACAAUUAUAGCGGAGUACGCUGGGGACCGCCGAACAUUCAGCCUAUUGCAAAUAAUUACGAGAACUAUUUUUAA